ACGUGCAUAAAAGUGGUCCGUCACGGGUUGCAACUUGUUCUCUCCGGGGGCUUGUGUCUAGUUAACUGUACACUAGUUGUGGUCAGUUAUGUUUCUUGCAGGCACAGGAAAUGGGUGCUGCGGGGCUGGCCAGAGGUCAGGAUCUAGUAAUGGGUCCUGCAAUCCGCGAAAGUUUAGCGAGAAGAUUGCACUCCUCACCCAGCGACAAGCUGAGGACACCGCAGCCUUCCAGGAGGUUAUGAUGGACAUCACUUCCACCAGGAUUCAGGUCCAGAGAGCGCGGCAGGCCAGAAGCCUGGGCACUUAUUAUGGAGGCUCCCUUCCCAAUGUCAACCAGAUUGGGAGAAGCAUUUCAGAUGUACAGGGUCAGCUCCCCUGUAGUCCAGACAAUGGCUGCCCCUCAAGACUUCACCCAAUGGCAGAGUGGGCACAAGGAGAGGGGCGGCUUAGUUUUCCGGUCAGGCCAAACAGGAAACAUAUUGACAACUCUCCCUACCGCUCAGUUCACCCGACUCCACAACCUGAACCCAGUUUGAGAAGGAACUGGUCUAUCAGCUCUCCAGUGGACAAAAGCCACUUGAUGCACCCUCCCUUAACAGCACUUAAUAGAACUAACUCAGACUCGGCCCUGCACACCAGUGUGAGGAACACCCACGCAGGGGACCAGCAGCCUUUAAUCUCACAGAACAGGCACAAUGGUUUUCCAUAUCCAGUGCCUCCAAUUGAGGAGAAUGUCCUUGAAGAGGAAAAACCAUUAAGGAAUACCAAAAAGCUUCCUGCACUUCCCACUGGAGUCAAAUCGCAUAAAGUUCCUGGUAUAAAUUUCUCCAGCCUCCUGUCCUCACCAGAUCAGCAGUUCAGGGCUCUUAAUGUCCCUUCCGCUCUCAAUGCAAGUGGCUCCUUGCCCGAUCUCUCCAGCCUGCACCUCCCCUCCCCACAGCCAGUAGGUGGGGACUCACACAAACCCACUACCUGUAGCACUGGCCACCUACCUGGAACUCCCGCUCACCUUGAAGCCAGAGAUGAUGAAUUUCCCAUGCCAGGUUUGUCGUUGUCUCUCCAAGGCUCGUACAGUAACCCAUUGCUCCAGUCCUCCCACAGCAACCCCAAUAUUCAAGCCUCUCUGCGCAGCCACUCCCUUUCCAGCUCUCUAAACUCCACCUCCUUGAACUUGUCACUCAGCAACUCUUCUCUGCAGUCAUCCCCUAGCAACCAAUCCCUCCAGUCCUUCCUCAGCAGCUCUUCCCUAAGCGGCCUAUCCCUGCAAUCCGCAACUAGCCACUGUAGCUACAGCAGUGGGAUUGGCGGAUCUCGCUCUUGCUCCUCCUCUUCCCUAUCCUGCUCCCCACGUCCAAUUAGCCAGACGCGGGUGCCUUCGUUAAGAAGGCGGACUCCCCUCAGCCCACUGGUCGUUCCCACUGGUGGAGAGUCUCGCUGGCUCCAAUCUAAACAGUUUUCACCUGUUGGGUCUCCAAAGUUAUCUUCUAUAACUCAGGGAGUUCUCCUGAACACCAACCAAUUACCACAGGAGUCAAGGCCACCAGGGUAUCCUCACUGCCAACCUCAACACGAAGGUACUCCAGCAGCUCAGCAGCAUUCUCUGACAGAGGGGCAGCAGCAACCCAGCCAGGAACCGAAAAAAACACCACCACACCAAGAGAAAUCCAGGCAUCAACAACAAGACCAACAACACUCACAGCUACAGCUCCCACAGACACACAACCUCCAACAACUGCAAUAUCACCAUCGACAACAGUACCAGCACCCAAAUCAACUAUAUCAAUGCCAAAUCCAGCAUGUCCAGACAGAAAGUCAGGACCUGGACACAAAACAGCAAUAUCAAAGAGGGUCAAACCAUUGUGAGAACCCACAGCAACAACACCUACAUCAAUCACAAGAGGAACAGCAUCAAAGACAACAACAGAAACAAGUGUACCAAAACCUUCCACAGCACCAGCUAGAGAAGCAAAGGCAACAAUACCAGCAACACCCACACCAGCAGUACUCACAUCAGCAACAUGAUCAACAACAAGCGUACCAAAGACAACCUCAGCAAAACCGAGCACGUCGACAAGAUGAGCUGCUACUGCAGCAACAUCAGCUCCAGCAGGUUCAACUCUACCAACAGCAGCAGCAGACAAAUGGCUACCAGCAACAGCAGCAUGAGCAACAGUGGAAUCUCCAGUGUGCAUACCCACCAGCUCAGAGCCUUGACUUGAAUGGGCAGAACAUGUCAAACCCACAAAAAGUACCAAUGAUGACUCGUAAGCAUCAGACCCAAGCCCAGGGAAGGAGCUGGGCACAUCAGAAGGUGCAAAGUCAGAAGGACCAGAUUGAGUCGACCAAAAUCUUCUCACAGAUUAACUCCUUAAUGGACAACAAUCCAGGCCUCUACAAUGUGAGAAUAUCCCCAUCUGUUGCAUAUUGUGACACUUUCAUACUGAACCAUUUACAGCAGGAGUCCUACAUGGGUCUACAUCUCACACCACGCCAGACUCAGGCACUCUCCCAGCAGCUGGGACAGCUCAGUAAGGAGCCUCUCUGGGGAGAUCCUGGGCCUCAGGCUGUGGAGGGGAAAGAUGGAGGGGUUUACUGUGGGAACCAGGGUCCUCAGAUGUCCCUCCACUGCCAGAACCAAACCAGUGCAGACUUUAUGACAGACAAAGGAGCCUAUGAGGAUUUAUCUGGUGUUCUGCCCAUGCUGGGAUUUGAUGCAGACAACUUCACCCUGCAUAACCCCCUUCAGAUCGAUCCGCUAGACCUGGAGGAGCUUAACAUACUAGCAGAUGGAGACAUGGUCGAGGACCCUGUGAAAGGACACUGCUCUAACCUACUUAGGUGACCGGGGUAGUUGAAUGUAUCCAGGAACACUACUUUCAACUAAGAUGGCUGUCUUGGUAUGGUCUGAUGGCAGCAAUGUCAGUUGUAGUUUCUGUCCCGGGAUCUUUCACUGCUGGACAUAAUUUGAUUGGACAUUAAUGUUAUCUUACAGCAUCCUCAUGUGAUUGGCCAGGUCAUGGGAUUUAACAAGCAUGUAACUAUACAUCGACUGCCUCACACGAGACUCGUUAGCUGACUGCACUUUUUCUUAGUUGUCAUUUAAUGCUUGCCUGCAAUGGAAAAAUGCACCACAAGAGCUGGCAUCCCCUGCACCUUAGUUUAAAUGUAGUUGAAUAAUGAGAUUAGAUAUGUAAAAAAUAUAUAUUUCUAUUGAUAUGGAUUUUUGUAAUACAAUGAUGUACAUUCUAAUAUGAAUGGUGUCUUUUCACCCUCUAGUAGUGAUGAAAAGUUUUUAAAAAACACAUCUUAAACUUUGUGUAUUUAAUGUGGCCAAGAAAACAGUUAUUUACAUGUCCUUUUUUAAACAUCUUAUGACAUUGUGUACCAUUGUUUUAAAAGAAAAAUAAAUGAGCACGAAAUAA